CGCACUUGGCACCUUCCUGCUUCCUGUUCCGCCAUAUUGUUUGGGACAGUCAGAAAGUGUUGGCGGUUUUUGUGAAUUGCCCAUCUGCCGUCAUGGAAACUUCAAAAGCCGGCACAGGCAGCAAACGUAAACGUGUGGUACUGACACUCAAGCAGAAAAUAGAAAUAUGUCAGCGGCUUGAGAAGGGAGAGAAGCGCAGUCAGAUCAUGAACGAGUUCAACAUUGGCUCGUCCACCAUUUAUGACAUAAAGCACCAGAAGGAGGAACUGCUGAAGUUUUACACAUCUUCAGAGAGCAGCAGGAGUGCGGAUAAGAGGCGCACACUGAAGAAACCUAAACUCGAGGAACUUGACAGAGUGCUGUACGAGUGGUUUGCCCUGAAGCGCCUCCAGGGGGUUCCGAUGACAGGGACAAUCCUGAUUGAGAAGGCCAAGGAGUUCUACACCAAGCUGCAGCUGACAGAGUCUUGUGCCUUUUCUGAAGGCUGGCUCACUUGUUUUAAAUUACGGCAUGGGAUACGGCACCUUGACAUGUCAGGGAAGAACACAGCAGCUGAUUGCGAAGCUGCGGGAUCGUACUGUGAUCAUUUCGCAAAGAUCGUUGCUGAACACGGUCUUUCACCCGACCAGAUCUAUAAUGCUGAUGAGACCGGGCUGUUCUGGAGAUGCCUUCCCGAAUCAGUUCUUGCAGGAUCUGGUGAAGCUAGCGCUGCUGGAUUUAAGAAGAAUAAAGACAGGAUAACAGUCCUCGUUUGCGCCAACGCCGCUGGAACUCACCAGAUAAAACUUUUUGUCGUCGGGAAAUCCAAGAAUCCAUGUGCUUUCAAGAAUUUGCGUCAUCUGCCUGUUAGAUACAGUGCUCAGAGUAAUUCAUGGAUGGACGUUCAAUUAUUCACUCAUUGGUUUCACUACAUUUUUGUGCCUUCAGUUAAGCAGCAUUUCAGAAAGAAUGGAAAACCCGAAGACAGCAAGUGUAUCUUAUUGCUAGACAACUGUAGAGCUCAUCCUCCGGAGUCGAAAUUGGUGUCAGGAAAUAUUUUUGUUAUCUAUUUGCCACCGAAAGUAACUGCGUUAAUCCAGCCCAUGGACCAAGGGAUCAUCGAAAAUUUAAAGUGUCACUACAGAAAAGACUUCUUACGUAAACUUUUGAGCAAUAAUGAAAAGAUUACCGAGUUUCAGAAGGCGUAUAGUUUGAAAGAUGCAGUGUAUAACUUAGCUUGUGCUUGGAAGUUGGUUAAACCACAGACUUUAAGGCGUGCUUGGCAUAAAUUAUGGCCUAAUGUAAGUUUAUCUUCAGAUGAAGAAUUCAAAGAUUUCAGAAUUCGUCAGAAGAAAAGUACAGUCAUGGAAAUGGCUUUGAUGAUGAAAAAUGUGCGAAGUGAUGAAAAUCCUAUGUGUAAAUUGAGUGAACAAGAACUGGAACUAUGGGUUGAUGUUGAUAAAGAUGUUAGUGUUGUGCAUGUGUUAAGUGAUGAUGAAAUAAUUAAGAGUGUCUUGAAUCCAACAAAAGAGAGAGAAUCUGAAAGAGAAACUGACGAAGAAUUGCAUGAAGUGAGGGUUUCUUGGGCUAAGGCUGCAGAGGCAUUUCAGGUGGUGCUUAAAUUUGCUGAAACUCAAAAUUGCUACACCGUGCAAGAUGUCAUUCGGCUACAUUUAUUGCACUCUACAUUCUUACAGAAAAAACAAGAUUAUUUUAAGCAAGCUGACAUUCAGGAUUUGUUUAAGAAAGUGCUGAUUCAUAAGGGUUCUGGUGAUCCUCAUAAUGAAAAUGCUGAACCAGGUGGUGAUCCUUGCAUGGUAGUGACUGAUCUUGAUGAUCCUAGUCAUGUGAUUGACACUGAUCCUAGUGAUAAUGUUUAAGUCUAAUUUACAUUUAUGUUAUGAUCUAUAAAUUUUAUUUAAGGCAAAGUUGCAUUAUUAUUUAAGUGAUUUAUGCUGUAAAUAGAGUACAGCAAACUUUUUUAUUAACUGGCACCUAUGGUACCAGGGGUGCGCUGGCUGAUCAACCAGAAUAUUUUAUCAACCAGCAGACUUCUGGUCCCAUAGGUGUCAGUUAAUAAAAAGUUUGCUGUAUGUGAUUGUAAUCCACAGGCACUGAGAGUGAUGCAAAAUACAGUGAUACUGUCAAUAAGAAGCAGCAAUGUAUGAACAUAGAAACAGACAAUUUAGUAGCAGCAGUAGGACAUUUAGCCCCUCUAGCCUAUGCUAUCAUUUGAUAAAAUUAUGUCUGAUUUGACCACAGCCAUAAACAUACAUUUCUGCCUAUCCCUGAAAUCAUUUCAAUUACUUUUUAGUUAAGAAUUUAUCUACCUGCCUUGAGCACAUUCAGUGACCCAGCCCCAAUUGCUCCCUAUGAAGACAGUUCCAAAGAUUCAUGAUCCUCAGAGAGAUAUUUCCUCCUCAUUGCCAUCUUAUUUUUAAACUGUGUCCCCUCGACAUGAACUCCUCCGCAAGGGAAAACAUCCUCUCAGCACCCAGCCUGUCAAGUCCCCUCAGGAUCUUAUGUUUCAGUAGGAUCACCCCUCAUUCUUCUAAACACCAAUGGUUACAGGCUCAACGUGUUCAACCUUUCUUCAUUAAGUAACUCCCUCACUGCAGGAAUCAGUCGAGUGAAUCUUCUCUGCAUUGCUUUUGAUGCAUUUACAUUCUUUUUUAAAUAAGGAGACAAAAACUAAGUAAUACUCCAGAUGUGGCCUUAGCAAUGUUCUCCACAACCGUAGUACAACUGCCCAACUUUUAUUUUCUAUUACUGUUGCAAUAAACAACAAUAUUCAGUUUGUCUCCUGAAACACUUGUCGUGCCUGCAUACUGACAUUUUGUGAUUCAUGCAUCAGGAUGUCCAGACCCCCUGUAGCUCAGAGUUCUGCCGUCUCUCUCUCCGUUUAAAUAACAUGCUGCUUUUCUGUUCUCAACAACAAAUAUCCCUUUUAACAGAACAAUGUAACCCCUUUCAAAGGGCAAUCCAGGCUUACUAAUACUGUAAGGUCCUCUGAUGGAAACUGCAGGAGGAGCACUUACAAUGCUAACCACAGAACAAACACUAUCUGACUGCAGGCACAUCUUUACAGACAAGAAUGAAAAAAUGAAUGGUAUUUCCAUCAAUCCAUUAAUAAUGAAUAUUAUAAAAUUUCAUUGUUGAGAUUGGUCAUUUUUUUCAAACUUAGAUGCACUCUAAAAAACUUUUAAUUUAUUCCAAAUUUAGAUUAAUGACUCAGUUUUCUUAUUGAAUUUUGUCUCAGACCUCAGGGUCACAGUUACUGCAGUUCAGCUUUCCUUUCACCAGGGGGUGUCACAGCAUUCUGUGACAUUCUGAAGCAUUCUGUGUUCGUGAUCUGAUACUGCACUUUUCAAUGUACGCAAGGAUCCCAGGUAACACAGCAGGUUUCAUUCCUGAGUACAUCCAUAAGUCAAUUGGUACAGAAGUCAGAACACAAUACAUAAGUGUAAAAUAUUUGUUUGUAAGUAUGAGUUCACAAGCAGGAUCCCGUUCCUAAAUAUCAGAAAUUCUAAGUCAGACAUUUGUAAAAUGGCUACCUCUGUAUUUUGAAACAGUUUGAACAAUUGCAUUUAAAUUGCCCAUUUAUCACAAAGAGCACCCCAUGAAUCUUCACCAAUAGUGGAAAGGAUAUCAGAUGUUGACCAGGCAAGAUUAGGAAUUGCAAGCAAAUGUUCAGAGUCAGAAAUGAGAUUCCAAGACAGAUGGAGAGCUUUGUGCGAGUUCAAAAGAGAAGUACUGUAAGCCCAGUUUUAAAUUGUUUCAUUCAGCGCCAUUGCUCUUUAACAUUGCACAUAUGACGGGGCAGUUUAUGCGCAUUUAGCGGGACUUCUGCUUCAGCAUUGUUUCGUGCCAGGGCCAAUAUAAUGUUUUGUGACUUAAUGGCACUGUUUUGGAGCAGCCUGUACCAUUCCCCAACUCUUUCUCACCCCAUCAACCUCUCUCUCUCCCUGACUCUCUCCUGUAUCCCAAAUCUCUCUCUCCGUCUCCCUGUCUCCUUGACUAUUUCCCAUUCCCCAACACUCCCCUAUCCCUGACUCUCUCCCACUCCCCAACUCACUCCCGUUUCCUGACUCUCUUUCCUACUCCUUGACUCUAUUGAGAGCCUCACUUCUGACUCCCAUUGCUGUUACACAUGCAAGAAAGGGAGGCUCAUUUUAAUCUGGCAAGACCAGCAGCUUUAGUGUCAGGUACCACGCAGAUCCAUUGUGGAUAUCCUGAGCUAAUUAAAAAUAUAUUAUCCACCCACCCCCAGUGAGAUUAGAACUCCCCCCUUGCCACCUUCACAGUCUCUCAAACUCAGCGCCCCCAUAUCCAAGGGCCUGCCAAAACUCCAGAUUGCCAUCCUUCAGUCCACCCUCCAUUUGUCCUCCUUCAGGAACUGGCUGUAGUCCCAGCAGUGGCCAUCACUUGAACCUAGGCUGCUGGGACUACAGUGCCACCAGCAAUCCAAAGGGCCUGCAGAACUGUAAGGUGGCAUUUCUUCCCUAGGUGGACCAUGUGGGGAGAGGUCUCAUUCUUAGUCACUUAACACUCUGAGUGCUCUGUGGCUGUGGGCAGCCAGUUUCAGCAGGGAGGUGUUCUGGUGGUCCAGCCUCGCAUUUGUGUGGUGCGAAUGUUACUUCCCAUUUUUCAACCCAAGCCUGGAUAUUGUUUGGGUCCCAUUGCAUUUGGCAUAGGCUGCUUCAGUAUUUGAGGAGUUGUGAAUGAGGCUGAAGAUUGUGCAAUCAUUGGCGAACUCCCCCACUUCUGACAUUAUGAUGGAAGGAAGGAUAUUGAUGAAGCAGCUAAAGAUGGUUGGGCUGAGGACACUAGACUGAGCAACUCCUGGAGAGAGAUCCUGGAGCUGAGAUGACUGACCAAUAGCUGCAACCAUCAUCUUAUGUGCCACGUAUGACUCUAACCAUUGGAGAGCUUUGCCCUGAAUCCCAAUAAAUCCACUUUUGCUACAGUUCCUUAAUUUCACAAUCAAUCAGAUGUGGCCUUGAUGUCAAGGGUUGUUAUUCUCACCUCAUCUCUGGAAUUCAGUUCUUUUAUCCAUGUUUGAACCAAGUCUAUAAUGAGGUCGGGGGGCAGAGUGGCCCUGGCGGAAGCCAAACUGGGCAUCAGGGAGCAAUGCAAUCUCAAGGGAUAUGGGGAUAACAACGCAAAAUGAUAUCGAAGUAAAUCAGUCGUGAUCUCACUGAAAGGUGCAGUGAGCUCACAGGGCUGAAUGGCCUUUUUAUUAUGUUCUUAUUCUGAAAUACAAUGCAUUGUUUAAAUUUGUUGUACUUACAUCUUCUGCAUUCACAGCUAGGACACUGCUGCUCUUUUUCAUGGUGAGAGUGUGUGGUCCAGUCCUGUGCUAUGGAGACGGUGGUCACGGUGUAUAAACUUCAGCCAGUCUGCGAUGAAAGUAAUGUGCUGGUCACUGCAUCAGGAGUUACCAGUCCUGAUUUCAGUUGUAUGAAGACUGUGUUGCCUGGAGUCUGCGAGUAUUUUAGCCAAUUAUUUUCAAAUUAUUGGCACCAGGUAUAAAAUGUUUGCAGUUUCUAAUGUCUCCUGUAAAUGAAAAACAAAGUAUUACAUGUUCAUGUGAAUUUAGGCAAAAAUAAAAUUGGA